ACUCACUUGGUUAUGCCUUAAACUGAUGAGUAAGGAAAAUAACGAUGCGGGGUGACGCCCGUAUCCUCGUUCAAACUACGAGAAGAAUUUUUGAACGGGUACAGGUCUGCCUGCUAUGGUGACUCGCCUACUUUGCGAGAUGCCUCGUGGGACUAGGACCUUGCCCGAACCUUUUCAUGUAAAAAAUAAAAACCUUUCAAAAUCUUUAGACGUUAAUUGGCUCAGUCAUGUUCAAAUUCUGCUGAUACUUCAUUUAGUUUAAAGAAUUUACAUUAGCUUGUUGAUGUCACUCUAGAUAGGUAUUAUUAUCGUAGUAUUUUGGAAGCUGUGAUGUAAACAAACUCAAACUCCCAGAAUGCAUUUGGGCAGAGUUAGCUAGGGAGCUGUUUCUUCUCAGUCUCUCAGUCGGUGUCCCUCGCACGGGAGAAAUGGCUGCGGCUCUGUCCCGUGCCCUCAAACUGCCCGGAAAGAAGGGCUCAGAUCUCGGGGAAUACGACCCUCUUACCCAGGCGGACAGCGAUGAGAGCGAGGAGGACGACCUCGUCCUCAACUACCCCAGGAACGGCCUGGGCAGGGACAGCUGCCUGGGCUCGGGCUCCAUCAAGCUACAUAAAUCUGAAAGGCUGGUGGGUGAGGCACGGGAUGACGAUGAGGAAGAAGAUGACGAUGAUGAGUGGAUGCAGCGGCUCCCCGGCAAAUCCAGGCGGGACAGGGGGGAGCCGAAAGAUGGCCAGCUCUGGAGCCACAGGGACUUAAGCAGAGAGAGGAUGGGGGAGGAACUAAGGGGUGCUGGGACAUCAGGGGGUGCUGGGCUGGGGGUUCACAACGCUGAUGCAGAGAAGAAGAGGAUAAGAGCGAGGAACGUGGUGCGGAGUAUGUUUUUCCUGGUGCCUCUUGCCUGCGCCACCCUGCUGGUGCUGAUGUGUGCAUUCCUGAUUCCUUGUCAAAAGGCAGAGCUGGAAAAGAAGUUGCAGUGGGAGAAAGCUCUGGGAGACGCAGCAGAUCCGACCCCCCCUGCUUUGGCCCUGUGGGAUGUCGAUGGGGACGCCAUAGAGGACGUGCUGGUGGCUGUUACUGAAUGGACCAAUGAGACUCACACUGCACAACGGAACAAAAAUUACAGCAUGGUGGCAGUAUCUGCUCUCAGUGGUCAGGUGUUGUGGAGGAAAGUCAUGCGCGAGUCUGUGACGUACAUCCAGUGUGGUUUACGGUACAGCGAGCAGCCCUCGACGGUUUGCCUCCUCAUCGCAAAGUCCAUCCUCAUGGCCAUCAACGGCACCACAGGAAAGAGACUGUGGAUGGUUCAGCUUAAGGACAUCGAGUCUCAGGCAGUUUUACUCCCCAACAUCGACAGCGACAGAGUCCCAGACCUGCUCAUUGCCACUCUGCCUGAUGACAAGUUUAUAGAUUUGUCGCUGACUUUGAUUUCUGGACUGUCUGGCACGGUGCUUGGCCGUCCCGUUCCUUUCAACCUGACAGGACAAGGAAAGCUCAUCGGACCUUUGCUGCACGAGACCCAGCAAGGAGCGUUCUACAUACUGUUCGGACUAGGUAACGUCCAGGCCAUCUCCCUGCAAGACAUCUACUUCCGUGCGUUUGGAGACAUGGCCAUGACUCAGGCGCUUCGAAGAAAGGACACAAUGUGGGAGGGACUCAAGAAAAACAACUUGUCCUCUUUUAUACGCAUUUACAGAGGAUCUGAGCAUGUGGAGUUCUUGCUCCCUCUUGUGGCCAAUUGGGGAAACAACCACAACAGCCUGGACACCGUCGCUAACCUGAACUCCACUAGAAGUAACUGGGUGUUGGUUUACGGCGCCAGCACGUUGUCGGUACUCAGACAGAAAGACUUACGGAAGGAAUGGACCUUCACCUCGGCCUCCAUCCACAGUCAGCCAGCCUUGGGACACUUCAAUAAGGACAAUGUCCUCGAUCUUUUUGUUCAGCAUUCAGCAAACGGCAUCAUGCAGGCGCAGAUAGUCGACGGGUCAAACGGCAGCCUCCUCUGGAGAGCUGAUUUUGUUUGUCCCCGUCUGGUUCUGGAAACAUCUACGAUAUUCACUUCAACGGGCCAAUCGGCUUUCCUGUUCUGGGCCAGUGAGCCCAUUAAAGCCCCGAGGAACGCCACCAAGACGACCAGGGCGCCCGGCAUCGCUGCAGCCAGGCCACUCAUCAGAAAGCUCUUCCUGUUGCAUCCUGCAUUUCCCACGGUUCUCCUGGAGCUCAACAGUACGACAGAGACAGCAGUCACAUCUGCAGUGAGUUACCAGGAGCGUCUGAAAGAUGCUACCUACAUCACCGUGUCAUCCCGGCCCACGCCCGACUCUGAGCCUGCCGCCCGGGUGGUCCGGAGCAUGAGCCUGAAAGCCGCCGUCAGCCGGGGACAAAUCGUCAGGCUGGCGGGGAGCAACAAAGAGGAAGCAUCUUCAAAACCCGCAACGUUUGAGCUGAACACCUUCUUCAGACGGCUUUACUUCAAACGCCAGUGAGGAGCACCAACACCACGACCUUCGCACGGGGGGCUGAUGGACUAAUUGUGAACAAACCUGCACUAAGGAGACACUUCCAGUUCGUUUAAAGCUAUUAGAGUCACCGAGCCAGCUUUAAUUUCAGUUACAUGUGAAAGAUUCCUCUUCCUUUCGUUUAUUUCUUUGUACUGUGAAAUAGCUAAUUUAAUGACUGAACUGCUGUAGCUAGGAUUUAUUUCACUGAAGCCGAGUAACUUCUAGUUUGUUUCUGACUGAAAAAGCACAAUAAUCAUGAUCAAGUGUAUGUGGGUGCUUGCAGUGUUUUAUUUCUGCUGGUCACUUGCUGCUAAUGGUGUCUCUAAUCAUCACAAAGAUAAAUAUUGAUGGGAGUCUGUAUAUAUUUAAUGCUGUACAGUUUUUAUGAUCUUUCUGUUGAACUUGUUUUUUUAAGCGUACGGUGGAUUUUAGUUGUAAUAUAUUCUGAAUGUAACGUGGGAUUUCACCUAAUGCAAGUAAACAGUCCAAAACCGUG